AUGGAAACCAAACAAAAAGUAAACCGUAGGCCUCUGCCAUCAUUGGAAGUUCUUGGAUCACAGCCAAAAAAGUCAAAGCUAACAGAAACAAGCAACAACAGCACUGCCAAUUCAUGUAUGAAACUAGUGCAAGAUGUCUGGUUAAAGGAGGCGGAGAACAAGAAUUUUGUAUUCUCUCCGUUUUCAAUCGACAGUGCUCUUGGUUUAUUAGCUUCUGGUGCAAGUGGUGAAACCUUAGAACAGAUAUUAGGCUUCCUCAACUCCGAAAGCCUCGACCAUCUAAAUUCUGUUAACUCUAAUCUCAUCGCUUCGUUAUGCGAAGCAAGAACUGAACCAAAGCUUUCUUUUGCUGGCGGCGUUUGGAUUGAAAAAUCUUGUCCUAUUAAACCUUCAUUCGAAGAACUUGCCACCGCAGUAUAUAAAUCAGAAGCCAAAACGGUGGAUUUCAUAAAUAAGAGCAAAGAGGUGCAGAUGAAGGUGAAUGAAUGGGUUGAAAAGAAAACAAACGGAUUGAUUAAGAAUCUUCUUCCUGACGGAGCAGUUGAUGAACAUACAAAAUUUAUAUUGGCGAAUGCGCUCUAUUUUAAAGGAUUUUUUCACAAGUGUUUUGUGGAAGUUGAUGAAAAGGGAACUGAAGCUGCUGCUUCUACUGCUGUUAGGGCGCAUGUGGUGUGUUGCAUGAUGCGCCCUCGUACACCUCCUCCUCGUGUUGAUUUUGUGGCAGAUCAUCCUUUCAUGUUCAUCAUCAGAGAGGAGCAAAGUGGUGCAGUGCUGUUCAUGGGCCAUGUUCUUAAUCCUUUGUUAAAUUAG